UCAUCGCCCUUCACUGCUGCUCUUGACUCGGACCCCUACUGCUCCCAACCAUCACCCAGUCUCCCGCUCAUCUAGAUGCAGCUGUAAUACCCUGUCCAGACUCACAUACCAUGCGCACGGCCCCCACACGUUGUCCUCGAACACCUGUGCUACAUCGGCUCCCGACACUUUCCUUGCACUGUUCGGUGCUCUAUCGCGCGCAAACACGUCUAUCCGACGCGUAGCCGCAACCAUCCUAUUGCCUGCGACCGCACACGAUAUUUUGCGCCUAAAUCCACCUACUACUUCGCGUCAACCCACGAAACAUGGCGUCCCCUCCCCCAAUAGACGAGCUUCCGGCUCCUCAGUCCAAUGCUGUUCGGGCGAUAAAGGAUAUCGCGUUUGGCAGCGCCGCAGGCAUGGUCUCGAAAAUCUUCGAGUACCCCUUCGACCUCACCAAGGUCCGCCUGCAGUCCCAAGUCCUAGACACCACCGCCCGCUUCAAAGGUCCCUGGGACUGCUUGAAAACCACAUGGGCGGAAGAGGGCAUCCUCGGGCUCUACCGUGGCGUCCCCGCGCCAGUCGUCGGUGCCAUGGCUGAGAACGCGUCCCUCUUCCUCAGCUACAACGAGUUCCAAACUGCGAUACGCAAGGUCACGAAGCGCGCCGCGGACGAGGACCUCCCGCUCAAGCACCUUACGCUUGCGGCGGCCGGCGCGGGUGCCGUGACGAGCUUUGUAUUAACCCCAAUCGAGCUUGUCAAGUGCAAGAUGCAGGUGCAGAUGCUCAUUCCGCCAACUGGGGGUGCUCCCGCACCUCUCCCCGGUCCCAUCUCCGUCUUCCUCGGCGUGCUGCGCCAGUCCGGCCUGCGAGGUCUCUGGCUUGGUCAAACUGGCACCCUCAUCCGCGAGACGGGCGGUACCGCCGCGUGGUUCGGCACCAAGGAAUACGUUGCGCGCCUCCUCCUUGCUCGACGCGCCAAGCAAGAAGCGUCCUUAUCGCCUGGCCCUUCCUCGCCCUCAUCUUCCUCGCCCACAGACGCCCACGCCCCACCCCUUAAGCUCAAGCUGUGGGAAUCCGCCUUCUCCGGCGCCUGCGCCGGCAUCGCCUUCAACGUCGCCCUCUUCCCCGCGGACACCGUCAAGAGCGCGAUCCAGACCGAAUACGAACUACACCCCGGGCGCCCGCCCUCAUCGUUCUUCCGGAUGUUCAUGGAGAUGUAUCGGGCACAGGGUGUGCGAGGGCUGUACACGGGAUGCGGGGUGACGAUCGUGCGGUCGGUACCGAGCAGCGCGAUUAUCUUCUUGAUUUAUGAUGAGCUGAAUAAAUUGUUUGGGUAGCUUGUUGAGUCCUGAAAUCUGUUUGGGUGAUUUGUUGAUUCCUGUCAUGCUGAUGCGCG